AUGCCUUAUACGUGGAAGUUUUUAGGGGCCAACAAACAACUCUCCUUGGAAAAUGCCAUACCGCAGUUGAACCAAUUGCUGAACCUAGAAGUGGAGUUUGAUGUCAAAACCAUUCAAGUCCCCGAUGGGGCUGAUGAUGUGUCCGGUGGCAACGAGUACAUUCGUUCUGAGUUGAGAUUAGACACCUCCAACCUGGAUGAGAACACAUAUUCUAAAUUCAUUUUUUUGGGGAACGCAAAUAUGGAAGUACCGAUGUUCCUGUGCUAUUGCGGGACCAACAACCAUAACGAGGUUGUAUUACAGUGGCUGAAGGCCGAAUACGGUAUCAUAAUGUGGCCGAUCAACUUUGAUCAGACAAUGAUGAUAAAGUUGGCAGAUGCUAGCAUAGUGCACGUAACAAAGGAAAAUGUUGAGCAGAUCACAUGGUUUAGCUCAAAAUUCUAUUUCGAACCAACAACACAAGACAAAAACUUAAAGCAAUUUGAUAUAGAAAUACCUAGAGAAAGUUGCGAGGGUUUGGCUCUUGGCCAUGGCAACACUAUGCGCCCAUACAGCGAUGCAAUUGUGCCUUACAUCUAUAACGAAACGGGGAUGGCCGUGGGAAAAUUGCCCUUGGCUUCCAUUAUAUUGGCGGGACACACGAAGAUAAUGAGAGAGACCAUUGUUACUUCGACACGAACCCUCAGAAACAGAGUUUUAACGGUUUUACUACAAUCGAUACAAUUUACGAGCGAGUGA